GGUCACAACCAGUGUGCAGUACUCAAUACCGUUGGCAACACAGAUGGGUAAGGACUACUAUGCUAUUCUCGGCGUCGGGCGCGACGCCGAUGACAACGCGCUCAAAAAGGCGUACCGCAAGCUCGCCCGCAAGUGGCACCCAGACCGACCUAAUGGGGAUAAGGUCAAGUUCCAGGAGGCGUCAACGGCCUUUGAGGUGCUCUCAGAUCCCAAGACGCGUCAGAUCUACGAUGCGUACGGCGAGGACGGUCUCAAGCACGGCGUGCCCGGGCCGUCGGCCGGUGGCGGCGGCGGCGGCAUGCCUGGCGGCUUUGGCGGCAUGCCCGGCGGCUUUUCGUUCUCGAUGGGCGGCAACGGCGGCGGUGGCUUCCAGCCCACUGACGCCGAGGAGCUCUUCCGCCGGAUGUUUGGCGGCGGCGGGCUCGAGGAGAUGUUCGGUGGCAUGGGUGGGAUGGGCGGGAUGGGCGGCGGAUCGCGGUCAAGCUCGCGCCGCGGCUCGGCCCGCUCUCAGGGCCCGCCGCAAAAGGCGCCGACCAUUGUCCGCGACCUGCCAUGCUCGCUCGAGGAGCUGUACAGCGGCAAGACCAAGAAGCUCAAGAUCACACGCAAGAUCAUCGACGGCUCUGGCGGCCGGCGCGACGAGUCCAAGGUCCUCAACAUCGACGUCAAGCCGGGAUGGAAGGCCGGAACCAAGGUGACGUUCCCGGAGAGUGGCGACGUCCGUCCGGGCGUUGUUCCCGCUGACGUCCAGUUUGUGGUUCGUGAGAAGCCGCACUCGACGUUUAAGCGGGUUGGCGACUGCCUCGAGACCACUGUCCGCGUUCCGCUCGCCGCCGCGCUCACCAAGUCGGCCCGCUUCUCGCUCGAGACCCUCGACGGCCGCACCAUCACCAUCGAGCCCGAGUCGGUCAUCACACCCAACACCCGCCACCGGGUCGCCGGCGAAGGCAUGCCGCGCCGCGCAAAGGACGGCCCGCGCAAGGGCGACCUCAUCGUCAAGUUUGACGUCGACUUUCCCACCGCAAGGCUCGAGUCGCUGAGCGAGGCGCAGCGGAACCAGCUGAUGGCUCUGCUACGCCCGUAGCCGCAUCCUGUCAUGUCGUCCGCGUCGUCGGUUCCACCACGACCUUGUCCAGUUGCCGUGCCUUCUUGGACUCGCGCGCAUCGUCGCUCGGCUCUAGAGCGUCGGGCUUGGGUAGCGCCCGCUUGCGUGAGAGCGGCGGCGCCGAGGCGCCGGCGUCAGGCACAUGCCGCUUAAUCCACGGAUGCGUGUAGAUGGAUCGGAGCGGGAGCCGCUUCCGCGGGUCGAGAGUGAGUAGCGCCUUGACAAGGUCGAUAGCGUCGGGCGAGAUGGUGGCCCAGACGGCGGCCUCGAACGAGAUCAUGCCUUGGGUGAUCUGGGUGUAGAUGGGAAUCUUGCGCUCUUCGUAAAACGGCGGAAUGCCCGAGAGAACAA